AUGAGAUUGCCUUUUUUUGUGGCCGCGGCCCUUCUGUGGCCCUGCCAGGUCAAGGCUACAGCCGUGUUUGCGCACUUUAUGCUGAUGAACGCCGAAAACUACACCACAGUCGACUGGCAAACAGACAUCCAAGCAGCCAAAGAUGCUCACCUUGAUGCGUUUGCACUGAAUAUGGCUGUCGACUCUAGAAUUGGUCAAAUUCUGCCAACUGCUUUUGAAGUUGCUUCCGAUUUGAAAUUCUCACUGUUCUUCUCCUUCGACUAUGCCGGAAAUGGAGCUUGGAAAGCAGAUGAUGUGGCCGCGCUCUUGGAGGAAUAUACGGCCUCGACUUCGUAUUACCUGCAUAAUGGCCAGUAUCUUGUGUCAACAUUUGAGGGACCCAACCAAGCAGAGGAUUGGAUUGAUCUGAAGCAGAAAUACAACGUCUUCUUCAUACCUGAUUGGUCGUCUAUUGGUGCCAAACCAGCCUUGCAGUUAGGUGGCGGCGUGGCAGAUGGUCUCUUCAGUUGGGCAGCUUGGCCGUGGGGCCCACAGGAUAUGGACACCUAUACCGACGCCUCUUAUUACCAAUAUCUGAAUGGGUCUGGGACAAAGCCUUAUAUGAUGGCUGUUUCGCCGUGGUUCUUUACCAAUCUGCCUGGUUAUGACAAGAAUUGGCUUUGGAGAGGCGAUGAUCUGUGGUACGACCGCUGGGUGGAGGUUCUAUACAAUCAGCCAGAAUUUGUGCAGAUUAUUUCUUGGAAUGACUAUGGCGAGUCUCACUAUAUUGGGCCGCUAUACGACUACGCAAUGGAAGCCUUCAAGAUUGGUGAGGCCCCCAGUAAUUUUGCCACCGACAUGCCCCAUGAUGGUUGGAGAGUGUCAUUGCCAUUUUUAAUCGACAUGUAUACGAAGGGGACGGCCAAAGUGACUGAAGAAAAUCUCGUUACCUGGUAUCGUCUCUCCCCUGGUACAUCUUGUGAUGGCGGAACCACAGGGAACACUGCCAGCCAACUGCAGAUGGAAUUUGAACCAAGUCAGAUCGUGCAAGACCGGGUUUUCUACUCUGCUCUUAUGGUAAAACCUGCAACUGUGACAGUCAGCAUCGGCGGUGUCGUGCAGGAAGGCUCAUGGACCUGGGUUCCAGAUGGUGAAGUCGGUAUUUACCAUGGCAGUGUUCCUUUCACGGGCACCGGAGAGGUUGUUGUGACCAUCUCCCGUGAUGGAAGUCAGCUUGCCCAAGUGAACGGCAGAGCCAUCUCGUCCGCUUGUACGGAUGGGCUGUUUAACGCUUGGGUUGGAAGUGCAACAUCCCCCACCGCUGUUUCGGCACAGCCAUCGUUGUCAAUCUCGGAGCAGACCUGUGUCAAUGGAACUGGAGCAAACAAUUUCGAUGGUCUCUGCGACUUCUCUUGCUCCUAUGGCUACUGCCCAGUGACAGCAUGUACGUGCCGGCAAAUGGGUAAGCCAGUGAAAGCUCCAAACUCCACAGGCGUGGUUGGAUACCCAAUCGCCGGUGAGGAUGCAAGUUAUUCAGGCCUCUGCGCAUUCAAUUGCAACUUGGGGUAUUGCCCGAGCUCAGCUUGCGGAACAGAGGAAGUCCCUCUUGUUGUCCCUACUACUUCCGACUUUGCACCCCCUGCAUGUGUCGCAGGCACUGGAUCCGGGGCUCUUACAGGCCUCUGUAGCUUCGCGUGCAACUACGGCUUUUGCCCAAUGCAUGCAUGCAAGUGUACUGCCCAGGGUGGCUUGGUACCGGCCCCAGCCACUACAAACACUGAGGGUACUCCCGUUGAAGGGCUCGAAGACCAUGGACUUUGCAAUUUCGCAUGUAGCCACGGGUACUGUCCUGAAGGUACCUGUGUCGAGUCUGGCAAUGCGAGCUCCGGCGAGGUGUUCUUUUCUCCGGACAUCUGGGAUAGCAAUGAUCCCGAGAUUCAAUGCGUUCCACCAUGCACGGUUAUUUUACCUCCGUAUCCUCUUGGCUCAAAGACAACUAUUCGGUUUUCAUCCAUGGUUAGUUCGAUCUGGACAAGGUCAGGCACUUCGACCGGCACAAAAACCACCAUUCUCAGCGUACCAUCACUGGUCACCGAUGGGAUUCCCUUCUGGCCCGUUGUUAUCGGUGCGGAUACAACCCCCACUGGGUUUUAUCCCCUUCAAAGUUUCAUGCCAGAAUCGUCAGAGCUCGUUCUUUCGGGCGAUGAAGCUCCCUUCUCCCCGGUUCCAUCGGGCAGCGCUACCCCACUACCCGUCUUCCCAGGGACUUCUCACACUAUCACAGUGCAGCCCCAGGCCACGAGUUCUGUGUCAACGGGCGCAAAUGUCCCUUCUGUUACCUGGUCGAGUGGCACUCCAACUGAGACCUGUACUAGCGGCUGUGGUACCGAUAGCUGCAAACUUUUUGGUGGAUGCGACUCGAGCGACCCGGUAGAUGAUUGUGGUCUCUAUGGCUGUGGAGGAGGGUGCAGCAUUCAAAGCUGUGACCAGUCCUGCGGCUUGUCUUGCUCUACCGACCAACAUCAUAUUGACUCUGACAGCACCGACAGUGGCAGCGGCACAGAUGGUGGAAGCGCCAAUGGCCAGCAGGCAAACCUCCCACUUGAUUACGACGGGCCCGAUGGUUCUUCCAACGGUGACUGGAACCCCACGCCCAUCCGUGUCGAGGUCGCAACAUCCAUGACAAGCUCUAUCUCCGCUGAAUUUGCCAAAGCGACACCCAUUCUUGAGUCCGCAGUGUCCAGCAUGAUAGCCUCCAAAACGAUCCCUAGUGAUCUGAAGAAUUCUGCAAGCGCCACAGCUUCGUCCAUCAAGGAUACAAUGGCAACCCAUGUCAGCGAUUUGGAAGCGAAAAUCAAGGCUGCUGAUCCCAACAACAGCGGCCUGGGGUGGUUUGGCAGUAUAUUGGACAACUUCAAUAGUAACAUCGACUCGGCCAUCGAUGCUAUCAAUGAUGGAAGGGCAGAAAUUAAAUUGAGUUUAGGUAUUUAUGGUGCACAAACGCGUGCUAACCAGUACAUCCAAAACACAGCCGACGUGGAAUUGAUCAACCGAGAAAUUCGAAUCGAAGCCGGCGAAGACAUCUGUGAUUCCACCGCGGAAGGGGGCGGCAGCAGCAGUCACCCUAGCAGAAAGCGUGCCGCUCCACCAUCCUGCGCUCCUUUUUACCAAGGAGAUCCAGGCCAGGCGUCCAAUGCUGCUGAUAUUCCUCAAUGGACAGGUUGUGACACCCAUCUUGGGUUCGAGUACGCAAGCACCGAUUCCAUCAAGGCCGCCAUGACGCAGGGAAUCAAGUACUUGCUCUCACCUGUCCAAGGGCCCCAGCGUCCCGGUCAAGGGCCGUGGCAGAUUGCCACCAGGGCGAUGUAUCCUCAUGCCUACGGCAACAGUGACGAUAUUUCUUUCACAAGCGAUUGCGAAAACGCUGUAGCAGGCUAUACUGAUCUCAUUGAGUUCCCUAUCAUGCCGGAUGGGAGCGUUUUGGAGGCUGGAAAGAACGCUGGGAGAGGCGGUGUUCCUAAUGUUGGUGUUCAGCGCGUUGUGUUCAAGGCCAAGGCGGAGAGGGAUCCCUUCGCUGCCGACUGGAAUUAUAUAUUCUGUGGUGUCAUGUCUCACUUCACGACUGAGAAGGUAAAAGUUGUCAUCGGUGAUGACGAGAGUUGGUGA